UUAUCAUAUAUUGACACACUGGGACACAUUCCGGAUUAGCCGAGACCGGUUAUAUUCUGUCCCUUCACUGGACUAUCGAGGCUGAACAAUCAGUGACGGUCAACAUCCGGUGUACAGACAACGGAUCCCCGCCGAUGUUCCUCACCAAGGAGUUUACAUUUGGCGUGGAAAACAAAAACGAGGAACCAACAAACAUCGAGUUAUCCCAUACCGAGGUGUCUAACGCGGCCUCCCCUGGAGACGUGGUAGGGUUCAUAACCGUGACAGACCCCGACAAUGAGGGUGCGGAUAUACCUGCCCAGGUCCAUACAUGUACCGUUGGAGGGGACGCAAUGGGUUUCUUUACCGUUGAGGCGUCCACACCACUAGCUUUGAAAGUAACAAAAGAUAUACCAAAGGACAUAUUUGAAAUGCUGUUACGUUUGAGAUGUAAAGACAAUGGCGAUCCAGUGUACUCCCUCACUGUGGACAUACCACUUACCAUCAAUGAAACGGUUACAAUACAAAAAGGCCUACGCCUUAGAAAUCAACGUUCAAUUCCGGAAAAUUCGAAUGCAAGUUUUAUUGUUGGAGACUUCGAGGUGGUGAAUAUGCUGACUGAAGAAGCAAUUGAUGGCACGUAUACACACACUUUGAGCAACGAACAAGUUCCUUUCGUUAUAAAUGGUGCCAAAUUAGAAACAUCUAUGUCUCUUGACUUUGAACGUCAAUCAGAAUGGGACAUAGAUAUUGUAACUUCCGGUGUAGAUACUCGGAACAGAGACGUCAGCAUAAGAGAAACGUUUGUUAUAGAGAUCGAGGAUAUUAACGAGGCCCCUUACAAAGUAAACAUAUACGGAGGGGGACUGGUACUAGAAAAUAGUGAGCCGAGAACAGAAAUCGGGGACCUUAACUCAGAGGAUCAGGAUGACGACCAAACAUACAACUACACAAUAAUUGCUGUUUCUUCCGGAUUGGAUAUGUCUAAAACUCGGCCUGAGUUAAAGGAUGUAUUCGCAUUAGAAGGGAGAACUCUGGUCGUAGGGCAAAAUUCAGAGAAGUUGAAUUAUGAAUUGAUGAAAUAUUUUACGUUGUUGAUACAAACAACAGAUUCUGGCAACACUCCGUUAUCAUACAACGACACCAUUCACAUCCAAGUUCAGGAUGCGAACGAUGUUCCUACAGACAUCGUCCUCUCACAAAAGACGAUACAAGAGAACAGUGCUGUUGGAACAGUUGUUGGAAUUUUGGACCUUGUCGAUGAAGAUUCAUCACUGGCAUACACGUGUGCUGUCAUAAAUCUUCAAACUGUCCCGUUUAAGGUAGAGAACGACUCUAUGCUUGUAACGAGCAGCGCCGACUUGGACUAUGAAAGUUCUAGAGUCUUCACUGUGGAGAUACAGUGUACUGAUGAGGGAAAAGACGAUACACGUCUUAAGAUAAGUAAGGCGUUUGUUGUUAAUGUUACGAACAUCAAUGAGCCACCGAUUCGAAUAGAAAUGACAAACACAGAAAUAGAGGAGAACAACCAGGAAGGUCAGGUUGUAGGAGAAAUCAAAACUACUGAUCCGGAUAGUAAUAAGGUAAAAGUAACGUUGGUCGGUGGCGGCGAUUCACACGCAUUCUCUGUGGAUGGUGAUAAUACUAUUGUCGCAAGUAAAGUGUUGGACUUUGAGGAACAAGCCGAGUAUAGAAUUACAAUACGAUCUACUGAUGAAGAGGGUCUGUGGUCUGAAGAAACCUUCACGGUGGAGGUACAGGACAAAAAUGAGCCUCCGUCAUCCGUAAUCCUUGGCAGCAAUACUGUGAAGGAGAAUACAGGCCCGGAUUAUACCAUUGGCACACUGACCACUGUGGAUGAUGACCAUGGUCAGACGUUUCAGUAUGCCAUAGCAGGCAAUCCAACAAUUGCUACACAAGGUUAUUUCAAAAUAAAAGGCGAUGCAUUGGUAACGGGGGCAACGCCUUUGGAUUAUGAAAUGGAGUCUGAGUAUACUAUUAGUAUUAAAAGUACAGACAAUGGUGACCCAGCUCAUAGCGUUGAGACACAAAUCAAGAUAACUGUAGAGAAUGUCAAUGAAGAACCAGAAGAUAUUAUUGUGGGUGCAUUGCUCUCGCUACCGGAAGACGCUAUUGCACCCGCUGUUGUAACGUCAGUGGAAGUGGAUGAUCCAGAUAUUGGACAGCGCCACAUUUGCCAGGUCGAACCCCCGUCUCUUCCCUUCAGUAUUAAAACAUUCCCAAAUCAUACCAUGGAGCUAGUCCUUAAUGGAGCCCUUGAUUACGAAACAAAAGAGAAAUAUGACGUAGUCAUUCGAUGUUCAGACGGAUUCCUAGAAAAGAAAAAGAUAAUGACAGUGUUGGUGACCGAUGUCAAUGAGCGACCUGAAGCGAUUCAUCUGAGUGGUACAGGGUCAAUCGUGGCCAGUGCAGAACCUGGUGCGGUUGUUGGAAAAUUCUCAGUACAGGACCCCGACGUCCAUCAGACACACACACUGACCUUGGCAGGUCCCAACUCCGACUUGUUUCAGGUCGAAGAAUCAUUGAUCAGUCUGGCAGUGCCCAUUCCGGAUGAGCUCGUUUACGCGGAACAUCCUGUUAUCACUAUCAACGUUACCGCCACAGAUAAUGGAGUGCCGAAAUCUCUGUCAAUCCAACAGCUAUUCACACUUAUCAUUACUGAUGUACAAGUCGUCGUCAAACAGUUGCCGGUAAUCAUCCUUAGGAAAGUGGAAAUUCCGGAGGACACGAAACCUGGAGGGAUAAUUGGACCAUUAUUGAACGCAAAUGUAUCCACUGAUGACAUUGAAUUCAAUAUCAUUCUGAAUCCGUUUGAUGCGUUCCAAAUAACUAAAAAUAAAAGCUUGAUGCUUAAUAAGACUUUGACUGAUGUUGACGGUGACUCAAUAAAGAUAACUAUAGAAGUGAAAAAUAAGGAGACCUUCAAGUCAGAUUCUACCGAUAUUGUAAUCUUUAUCAUGCGAGUAGACAAGUGCGCAAGACCAGACAACAAGACUUGUGAUGAGCAUGCUAGAUGUGUGCAGUUGAAUGAUUCUUCGCAUGACUGCGAGUGCGAGACAGGCUACACAGGGGAUGGUUUUCUCUGCACACCUGAGACAUACUGUGACGUCAGUCCUUGUAAUAAUGGCGGACGUUGUGUCGACGGGACAUCUGCAGCUACCUGUGAUUGCAAAGAUGGGUAUUCAGGACCUCUGUGUGAGGUUUCUAACGAUAGGAAUAAUCCAUGUUUAAAAAGUCCUUGUAAGCAAGGUGGCAUUUGUUCAUUGAAUAAUGAAGUCUCGGCUGGUUAUGAAUGUGAAUGCGAGCCAGGAUGGAAAGGGGCUACAUGCGAACAAAGUGUUGACGAUUGUGUCUCUUCUAUUUGUUACGGCGGCGGACAAUGUAUCGAUAAACAUAUGACGUAUAUUUGUCAUUGUCCCGAGGUGAGAAGUGGAAUUAGGUGCGAAUACUUCCAGUCAUCAUGUGAAACAGUUUCCUGUGAUUCAGAUAUAUGUGUUCCUCUGAUUGACAAAGAGGAAAGUACUUGUGCUAGCAAAACUGGUGAAUUGGUCCGUUUACAAGUGAAGAAAAGCCAGGGGAAAUUCGACAAGGACGCGUUCAAAGCCUGGCUUAUUGAUACAAUUACUGCAUUUUACCGCCGUUCUGCCAAAGGAUCUAAUCAAAAGCCCAGGGUUCGGCGACAGACUGUGGCUGAAACACCAGUACAAGUAUAUAUAGUUGAUGUACAAGAAGACGUGCAUGUUGGCGUGGUUGAAGUGGAGUUCGUCGUUCUUGAUAGCUCAGAGGAGGUGCUGGAGAAGACAGAGGUCUUGGCGAUGUUAUCAAACACAUGUGACGAACUGAGGAAGGAUCAGAAUGAGGAGACAGUACUGUGCCCCGCAGUCAAUAAAGCGACGGGUAGUGACCAGGUAACAAAUACGGACAACUCUGGACCACCUGUGGCAGCUAUUGCGGGAGCAGUGGCAGGUGUUGCUGUACUGGUUGGCAUAGUGGUGGUUAUUGUAAUCUAUCGGAAAAAGAAACAAGGCGAUACCUCAGACAAGGACAUGCUCAAAUAACUGUGACCAUGAUGCCAUGACCGUGAUGAAUGAACAAUUCCUGCCAAACAAUUUGUGUUCAUAAAAAUUUGUUAAUAAAAUUAAUACAUUAACAUUAUCGAAACCUG